UGGACGUUCAAUUCUAGCUCAAGAGUUUGCCAAAGUUUUAGUCAGGAAAAGAUAUCUCAAAUUGAAUUUCACAAUGACUUCAGUCCAAAGUAUGAGACGGUUUGUCUGUGACCGGCUCACUUCGGCUGCUCAAGAAAUAUUGGGAGCGUUUGAACGGAGAGUAGAAGAUUACGAGGCAGAAAUCGCCCGUCAACGCAGACUGUUGAAUGCCGUUUUGACACCUGAGAUAAAGUUGCACCGGGCAGAGUUCCCAGUGACCCCUGUCCAUAAGGAGGAGGACAAGGAGGUUCUCCUGAUUGAGCUGCAGCACUAUAACCAGAACAUCUCCAGAUUGGUCCCAACAGAUCCUCCACCAAUUAAAGAGGAACAUGAGGAAAUGUGCAUCAGUCAGGAACAACGGCAACAGGAGACCAAUGCCUCUGAGUUGACUCCGACGUGUGAGGGAAGUGUCCGCCAGUCCAAGAGUGCAUCGGAGAAACAUCCUCAAUCCAGCAACUCAAACAAAGGUGCAUCAUCUGUAUCUGACAAGGAGAGUUCUGCAGUAUCCGUACCAAGCACUGACAAACAAGUCAUCUCGGACAACUCUCCUGCAGCUGAGAGCCAAGAUCACACAACUUGUAACCAUGGAAGUAAGUCAGCAACAAGCUCUGAGGAAGUAUCAAAUAAUAAAUGUGAUGAGAACAUGGCUUCAACCAGUAGACCACAGCAAACAGCAAAUAAGAAAUGUAACAAUGAGAUUGCAACAUCAAGUGGAAAUAGUGAGCCAGUGCUAAAUAAGAACAGGUCAGUCAGAAGUACUGAGUCAGAACCAGAAGAGAGUAGCAAUAAGAAUGCAAAUUCAAAUGGAGAUUCUGAGCCAACACAAAAUAAUAAAACAGAUUGUCUAUACACCACAUCAGCUACAAGCACUGGCCGAACACCACAUAGGAAAGGUAAGAGUGGAAAGACAACAUCAAGUAAGAAAAGCCAAGAUGGGGGACAAACCCCAACUGGAAGCAUACCCCCAAGCUGGAAGAAUACAACAUCAGCUACAAGUAGUGACACAGAAGCAUAUACCGGAUGGGAUGAUGAGUACAUGCCAUCAAAUGAAGACCCUGAUCCAACACCAAAUAAUGAAGGUAGUGAUGAUGACCCAACAUCACCACGUAUGGAAUGUAACACUGAGGACAUGACUUCAGAUGGAGAUACUGAGCCAGCACCGAAUAAGAAAAGCAAAGAUGGGAGAACAACCUCAACUGGAAAGAAAUCUACUAAUGAGAAGAAAAGUACUGGUCCAACAGCAAAAAGGAAACCCAAUGAUGGGAAAGCAACAUCAACUUCAAGUGCUAAACCAGCAGCAGAUAAGAAAAGCAAUGGCGGGAAAACAACUUCCACUGGAAGUAUCGAACCAACACCAAAUAAGAGCCCCAGCGAUGGGAAAAUAGCAUCAACAAGUACUAAGCCAACACCAAAGAAUAAAUCUAAUGAUGUGUAUGCAAAGUCAACCAGAAGCGAUUAUUUAUCAACAAAUAAGAAACCUGACAGUGGAAGAGCAAUGUCUACAAAAAGCAAGGAGUCAGGUAAAAGACAAAAUGAUGGGAGCACAACAACAGAUACAAGUAGUGAACCAACACCAGAUAAAGAAGCCAAAGAUGGUGAAAAAACAUCAACGAGAAGUACUAAGGCAACGCCAAAUAAGAAAUGUAAUGAGGGCAGCACAUCCACUGAAAGUCCUGACCCGCCACCAAAUAAAAGACGCAAGGAUGAGAAGACAGCAUCAACCAAAAGUAAAGAGAAAGCACAAAGUAAGAAACGUAACGAUGAGAGCACAACAUUGACUCCGAAGCCACCAAAUAGGAGACAUGGGAACACAUCAGGCAGUAGCAAGAAGGAUGAUGCUGACCCUUACAAGUGUGACACGUGUGGCAAAGUGAUGACAAAUUUCAAAAACUACAAAUUUCAUAUGAAGUCCCACACUGUUGAAAAGACUUUCAAAUGUGACACUUGUGGCAAAAUGUUCCGGGAGAGCUGGGAUUUGAAUAAACACUUAAUAAUCCACUCUGUUGACAAGCCUUUCAAAUGCAAGAUUUGCAGUAACACAUUCUACCGGCGCUAUAAUCUCGACCUGCAUCUUCGGGUUCACACCGGGGAGAAACCAUUCAAAUGCGAGACCUGCGAUAAACGAUUCACCUCCAUAGUGAACAUGAAGAAGCACAUGAGGAUUCACACGGGCGAGAAGCCGUACAGCUGCAGCGAGUGCGGGAAGGAGUUUGCCGAUUCUUCGUCUUUCAAAAUUCACAAGCGGGUGCAUUCGGGGGAAAAGCCCUUCAAGUGUUCCUAUUGCAAGAAAAAAUUUGCAACGAGGACAACUUUGAAAAGGCACACCAGAACACACACGGGUGAAAAGCCGUACAAAUGCGAUAUGUGCGACAAGAAGUUUGGCCAUAGAACAGACGUGAAAGCACACAUGAGGCUACAUACUGGGGAGACGCCUUACAAAUGCAACAGUUGUGAAGAACAGUUCUCCACCUGGAACAAACUCCACAAACACAAGCGUGCACAUGAAAAAAAGGACAAAGAAAAAGAAAAAGAAAAAGAAAAAGAACAAGAACAAGAAGAAAGCCCCACUCCUUAAAAAUCUGUCUGAAUCUGAUUGGCCAUACUUAUGAUAAGAGUAAAUGAAUUGCACUAAAGUAGAACAGUCAUCAACUUGUCAUUUAAUUUUAAAUAGUCCACCGAUUUAACAUUGCACUUCCCGGUUGACGAUCAGAAACAUGAAUGUGACAGUUCAGUCAAUGAUUUUGGUGUGCUUAUAAUCAAGCCUCAAAAUGUUGUAGGUCUUGACUUUAUCAUAUAUACCAGAGUGGAGAGCGGCUGACAACAGAAAUGCAGUGGUGGAAAAAGUAUUCAGAUCCCUUACUUUUUCCACUACUUCUGUGAAAUUACUCCACUACAAGUAAGAAAGUCUUAUCUGCAUCAAAAUGUACUUAAAGUAUCAAAAGUAAAAGUACUUGUUCUGCAGAAUGUCUCCACUCAGAUUGUUUCAUAUAUUCCAAAUAUAUUAUUUAAUUAUUAUUAUUAUUAUUAUUAUUAUUGGUGCUUUUAUAUAUGCAGCAUUUAAAUGUUGUCAAGGUAUGGUUAAUUUAAUUUUUUUGUGUAAAAGUGUAAUUAUUUUAAAUUGAUUUAAAACUUCACUGGAAAAGUAACUAAAGCUGGCAGCUGAAUGUAGAGGAGUAAAAGGGCAAUAUUUACUUCUAAAAUGCAGCGGAGUAGAAGUAGAAGUAACAUAAAAUGGAAAUACUCAAGUAACUACAUUUCAACAAUUUCACUGAGUGAAUUUCCCGCACCAAACUCAGCGAGUGACUCCAUUUUUGAUUGUAAAUAAAAUGAUUAUACUUUUUUUGCUGCAUGCACUGCAUUUUGUGUGAGCCAGCUUGCAUCGGACAGGCCAGCUUAGGCGAGGGUUUGUUUCUUCAGGUAUGAAUGAGAAGAUUAAAUACAAUCCAGGAAGACUUCUUUGUGCAACAGAUCUAUGAGUUUGAAUGUUUACCAGGCACCAAAACACUGCACAGAGCUUUAGAGUAUCCCAGAGACAACCAUUUUAUAAGCAAUCAUGACAUUUUUUUUUUUACAAAGUAGCUUUUGCACACAGUGCCGAUCUGUAUUGAUCUGCAUAUUGCCUUAUUUCUGGCUGUUGGUCUCAUGCUGAUGAAAAUGAAUACUGUUUGUCUACAUUGUAAUUUAGGAAAGUUUUGAUUUAAGUGAAUGCUGAAGUUGUUGAGAAAUGUAUUUCAGUGUCUGAUAUUUAUCAAAGGUCUAAUGGGAAUCUUGUUCAGAAUACUAAAACAUGGUGAUCUGCCUGGAAAAGUCGGUUGCCUCUUUCCAAAGGAAGACUUGUAUCUAAUUUUUUUUAAAACCAUGGACCAAAGACUGUUAUAAAGACGUUGUGAAACAUCAAUGGGGUUUAAAUUUUCUUGAUGCAUCUAGAUACUGAAAAGGACUGUGAUUUAUUUUUAUUUUCCUCUUUUUUCUUCAGGGCUGAAUGUCACAGGGGCCUUUCAUAGUUUUUUAACUCGCUUAAAUACACAAAAAUGGUUAUCAUAAUUGAGAUGUGUUAACCCAAUGUAUCACUGUUUUAAUUCCAUAUUGUCCAUAUUGUUGAUUGUACUGACAAAUGAGAAAAAAAACCUCUUUGUUGUCUAAAUGCCUUAACUUUAAUGUCAAGGUUUUGUUUUUAGCCGAGAUGUAAACACAGCACAGUUGUUCUGUAAAAGACACAAAGUGAAUGUAAUAUGAAUGUUUGACCAUAUCAAGUUUUAAUAAAUUGUAAUGAAUUUAUAGUAA